GGCCGAUCAAGUUGAAUUUUGCGGCCAGCACCUUGGUAAUAAUGCAUCCUCUUACUUCAACGACUCAAAAACAUCGCAAUGUCUGCUCCCACGUCAGCAGCCUCCAAAAGGAAACAUGUCACGACCGCCUGCGUGGCGUGUCGCGAGAGCAAAGUCAGGUGUGAUGGUGUAUCGCCUGCUUGCUCGAGUUGUAGGAAUAAAGGCAAGGAGUGUCGCUAUCAAGCCAGCGACGAUAAAAGAAAGCUCUCUUCUCGGGUUGCCAUAGAGUUAUUAUCUAGCCGAAUCGAUCAGCUAUGCCAGUUCAUACUCGAAAAUUCUCUUCAGCCUCCCCCCAUGGAAGAGGAAGCGGAGGCGACAUUAACUAAGGUCCUGGCCAAUUUAAGGCUCACAUCUGCAUUUGCUGGCAACGAUAGCUGGAACAAGGCUGGCUCGGAUAGAAGCACACCACCAAGCGAAAGUCUAAGUAGAAGUGAAGGGAAAAUGCGCCAUCGAGCAAACUCGGCUGUUACAGUAACGAAUCCGACUAUAUCCUCAGAACCGGUCGAGUCAAGCAAUCCUAGUCGGACUAGCCCGGAAAAUCCGAUAGCCCCAAGCCUCCACCAUCUAGAUUGGAAUUGGAAUCUCUCAGAAGAUAUGCCUAUGAACCUACAAAUGGCCCAGCCAACAGAAACAAAUUCUUUAGAAGAAAUGCUUCUUGAUACUACGGUCUCCCUGAAGCAGCCUCUCCAGGGGGUCAUGCAGCCCGGUUGUUCUCCACAACUUAAAGAAAAUGCCGGUGACACCGAAGGUACAGAGGAACUCGUCGAAAAACUCUCCGCCCGAAUGGGAUCCCUGCAGAUAGGACCAGGUGGACAAGUUCGCUAUUAUGGCCCAACUUCGAACUUCAAUCUCGUAGAUAUGCCAGCGCCGGAUAACCUAACGGUACAUCGUACAGUUCGAAAUAAUGGUCAGGAGCAUCUCGAUCGCCUUGGUAUUGGCAAAGAAGUGCCUCGAGAGUUGGAAGAUCACUUGGUAGAUCUAUAUUUCACUUGGCAAGGUCCAGCGCUCCACGUAGUGAAUCGGGCCAUGUAUGAAGAGGCGAAGAUUCGGUGGCAAGAAGGUGAAGAGGAUACACCGUACUAUUCCGAGGCCCUAAGGAAUUCAAUAUGCUCGUUGGGAGCUGCUUUCGAGACACGCCACCAUCCAACAUUUGUAACGUUCCCCAAAUCUCUGUCCGAUUUCUUUGCGGACAGAGCGAAGGCACUGCUAGAGAUCGAGCUUGAUUCUCCAUGCGUUGCAACGGUGCAGGCUAUGGUGGUGCUCAGCGGCCACGAUAUCGGUUGCAAGAGAGACGCUCGAGGGUGGCUCUACAGCGGUAUGGCGAUGCGCCUCGCGUUCGACCUAGCAUUACAUGUCGAUAUGAGUUCCUACGUUUCUAGGGGAUCUCUGAGCCAAUCCGAGGCUGACCUGCGCCGAACGGUAUUCUGGGGAGCAUAUACAGCGGAUUACACAUGGGGAUUAUAUCUGGGGCGGCCUUUCCGUAUUAACAUGGAAGACGUUACCAUUGAGAAGCCUGGUGGCAACCCGGCCACUGAGACCGCUACACAGUGGAUUCCAUAUGGCUCUCCUAAGUCACUUGACGAUUGCACGCCUUGUGUCGAUUAUCCCGAAGAGCUAAGCCGUUAUCGUGCAAUGAUGUGUGAGAUUAUGGCACCUCUAGUAUAUGCUCUCUACGGAAGUCUAAAUAUCAAGCCCGAAGAACUGUACGAACUGAAUACCAAGACGAUUAAAGAACUUUUGAACUGGAAAGAAAAUCUGCCCGGUGUGCUGCAGGUAGAUCCGAACGAGCAGGAUAGACCAUAUCUCCCGCACGUGUUACUACUGCACAUGCAAUAUUACCAAAAUAUCAUAUAUGCCCACCGGCCAUGGAUGUCUAGACGGUAUUCUCAAUCAUUAGCCCCACACGCCCUCGACUGGGGAUAUGCACGCAUGAUGUGCAUCGAGUCGGCCACGGCCAUAGCGAAGUUACUCCAACAUUACGAGUCGCGAUACACACUUCGCCGAAUGAACAUCCAAGGCGUCGGCAUAACUUGCUCUGCUGCAUUACUCCUGCUAUUUACCGCAGUAACGAACUAUCGACUACCAGGAGACGACGUAGAAUUCCUCCUAAGCUCGUGUUUCAGGGCGUUGGACGAGUUUGGCGCUGCCUGGGAAAAUGCCAAGCGGGCGCGCGACUUUCUAGUCCUCUUGCAGCGGCAGUGGGAAUCCCGGGCUCGCGCAAGUCGAGCCCGUCGGCCCUCGCAGUCGUCGACAUCUAUAUCCAGGAAGCGAGCGAGAACGUCGAGUCAUGGCUCUAUACUCGGCAGUAGUAGUAUUAGCUACCCAGAAACGACACAGCCACUACCGCGACCGGGCUUUCAAGCAGGCAAUUAUAGCACAAACAUGACUAUGGGCUUCGAUCUCGACUGGAUGCCCCCUGGCGACGCUUACGCUACCACUCAUUGAGUAUAACGGCUGGGAUCUUGAUGAUAUCGCCGAGAUGAGUCCCUGCGUUGGCUUCGGCCAUCUGGACACCCGAUAUAGGCUGUAGUGAUGCGUCACAAAGCCGCAUAAGCGGACUUACGAAGUUAUUCGAGUUUCACGUGAUCCUUGACACCCAGGCAAAGUAGAGCGAGUACACUCCAGAAGAUGACCGCAUGGAACACAGAGUAGACGAAAUCUGGUAGGAGUCUUUCAUCAUCACGCUCGCGGGGGCCUACCCACACUCAAAAGAGCAUUCAGAACCCACGAAAUUCGAUAAAAGGUCGAGAAUUGCAAUAUCAACGCGGCACCAUUUGGAAGAAGGUCAAAAUGGUCGUUU